AUCUUUAAAAAUGAAUCAAUGGGGAAAUGAGCAAUUCCCAAUGCCCCCUAACAUGAUGGGUCAACCAAUGGUACCAAUGAUGCAAAUGCAUCCGCAUCCGCCAUUGUUGCCUCCACCCAUGUUGCAAAACAUGAUGGAUAUGCCGAAUAACAUGGGUGGGAAUGGUGGGAUACCGCCCGGGCCUCAAAUUGGCCCUAUGCUGCCAGAAGGUAUGCAGAGCGCAUCUCAGCAAGACGUUCAGGACCCGAGCGUGGAAUCCAGCGAGGUGCAGGUGAUUGAGGAUGACACGCCUGCCCCGGGAGCAUCCAGACCUAGCCAUGAGGGAGGACCAGGAAAUAGAAGGGACUCUAGGAACAAUCGCGAUCGGGAUCGAGAUCAGCGCCCGCGUCCUGGCAGACCAGACCGCAGCAGGGAUGAACGUCCAAGAGAGCAUCAUGACAGAAACGCUAGGCCCGGCAGUAAAAGGAUGGGUGACCGGGCAGAUGAGAGGAACCGCAAUGACCGUCCGGACCACCGCAUAGACAACCGACCGGAUAGGAGACGGGACCGUCCAGAGAGGAGAUCCAGAUUUGACAGUGGGGACAAGGCACCGGAUAAGAACCCUGGAAAUAUGCUUCCUGGAGCUAUGAUGAUGCCAGUGCCAGGUCCUAGUGGCAUGAUGCCAUUUGGAAUGAUGCAGCAGCCUGGGCAGAUGGAAAUACAACAAAUGGGAGGCAUGCCUCAUCCCAACAUGCCAAACAUGUCCAACAUGCCAAACAUGUCCAACAUGCAAAACAUGCCCGGCAUGAUGCCUGGAAUCAUGCAGAUGAAUCCAAUGAUGGAUCAGAACAUGUUCAUGAUGAACCAACAAAUGAUGCCCAUGAUGCACCCUCCCAACCAGCCAAUCUACUGCAGCUCUGCUGUUCUCUUGACUCCGAUACCGGGUGCUUCUCUGCCAAACCGCAGGGAGCGGCCACCAGGCUGCCGUACGAUCUUUGUCGGAGGCUUGCCCAACAGUGUAAAAGAGGAUAUUCUUCAAGAGAUCUUCCAGCGGUUCGGGAACAUUACCGACAUCAAGUUGCACAGACAGGGGGUGUGUCACAUCAGGUUUGAGAAGCAGGAAAGUGUGGAGGCUUCCUUCAGCAUCUCUGGAUUCAGAUUCAAAUAUCACAAUCAGGGGGACAGCGAGGCUACUACUAUCUUUGUGGACUUUGCUUUGAACCGCGACGACUACGCCGAGUUCGAGCGAAGCAAGCGCGGCAAGCGUGACCCCACGCCACCGCGCAUCGAGCCGCUCACGCCGGCGUCCUUGCAGACUGUCACCGAGAAGGUCAAAAGUGAUGACCAGUUCGCUGAGGCUGCUCCUACACUAGUCGGCUGGCUAGAACGCGGCGAAUGCAACAAGAAAAACGCCAACGCGUUCUACUCGCUCAUCCAGGCCUCCAACAACCAGAUCCGCCGCCUCUUCAACGAGAAAAUGGUGCUCGACGACGAGUACCAGAACAUGAAACUCACUAUGAAGGAGAAAUUCGCGCAUAUUCUGCUGCAAUUCGAGCAGGUAGCGAAAAUACUCUCCGCGGCGCGCCACCAGCGCGUCUCCGACCACUUUAGCAAGCAGCAGCGCAGGAACAUCGAGAUGUGGCUCAAGAUGACUGAGGAGGUGGACAACAUAAAAGAAGAGUUUGAAACCAACUUCAAUGAGGAUGAUAUUGAGAAGAUUGGAAAGAACACGGUUCCUCAGGAGAAAUACGAUGAGCUCAGGGCAGAGCACGAGAACCUGAUGUACGAGCUGGAAGGCUACAAAAACGAGGCCCACCUCGCCAAGGACGAGGCCGAGAGAAAGUUCGAGACCUUCAAGGCGCACUUCAUCGCUCAACACAACUUGAACAACAAGCAGUCAUCGUACCCACCGCUACCCCCACCGCCGACGCCGCGCAUCGAGGCGGCCAAACCGAUGCCCCCACCCCCCACCCCCGACGACAACAAGUACAUCGUGUCCGGCCCAACCGUCCCCCCCUCCGAGGCCAAACUCAUCAGCAUCCUCACCGCUUUCCUCAUGGUCCACCCACUCGGAGCAUCCCUAGACUACCUCGUCUCUUACGUCAGAAGCAUGACCCCUAACGUAACGCAGGCCACCGUGCAAGAGAUACUACAGAAGUAUGACGACGUUUUCCGCAGAGUAACGUCGGGCGUUGGCGCGUCUAUUGAGACUAGAUGGUGUUAUGUUACCUUUGAUACUAUUAAGUUGGAGCAACAUAAUUAAAUGAAAAAUAUACGGAUAUAA